AUGGAAGACGCAUUCGACGGCGCUAUCGGCAUCGACCUCGGCACAACCUACUCCUGCGUGGGUGUAUGGCAGAACGACCGUGUCGAGAUCAUCGCCAACGACCAGGGUAACCGGACCACCCCGUCGUACGUCGCCUUCUCGGCAGAGGAGCGCUUGAUCGGCGAUGCCGCCAAGAAUCAGGCCGCGAUGAACCCCCGCAACACCGUCUUCGACGCAAAACGUCUCAUCGGCCGCCGAUUCGAUGAUCCCGAUGUCAAGAAGGACAUGACCCACUGGCCUUUCGAGGUCGUCGAAAAGGACGGAUCGCCUCUGAUCAAGGUCCAAUACCUCGGCGAGGACAAGACCUUCAGCCCACAAGAAAUCUCCGCCAUGGUGCUGACAAAAAUGAAGGACAUCUCCGAGGCCAAGCUCGGCAAGACCGUAAAGAAGGCCGUCGUGACUGUCCCUGCCUACUUCAACGACUCGCAGCGUCUCGCGACCAAGGACGCCGGCGCCAUUGCUGGCCUCGACGUGCUCCGUAUCAUCAACGAGCCCACCGCCGCCGCCAUCGCAUACGGUCUCGACCAGCAAUCGAAGACCGAGCGCAACGUCCUCAUCUUCGAUCUCGGUGGAGGAACUUUCGAUGUCUCGCUCCUCAACAUCAGCGGCGGUGUCUUCGCCGUCAAGGCUACCGCCGGUGACACCCACUUGGGUGGUGAGGACUUUGACAACACCCUCUUGGAGCACUUCAAGAAGGAGUUCCAGCGCAAGACGAAGCUCGACAUCGCGGACGACCCCCGUGCGCUCCGGCGAUUGAGGAGCGCUUGUGAGCGUGCCAAGCGCACGCUCUCCAGUGUUGCCCAGACCACCGUCGAGGUCGACUCGCUCUUCCAGGGCGAGGACUUCUCCGCCAACAUCAGCCGUGCCCGUUUCGAGGAGAUCAACGCUGCGAUGUUCAAGUCGACCAUCGAGCCCGUCGAGAAGGUCCUCAAGGACUCCAAGAUCCCCCGCGAGAAGGUCGACGAUAUCGUCCUUGUCGGUGGUUCGACGCGUAUCCCAAAGAUCCAGGCGCUCGUCUCGGAGUACUUCGGUGGGCGCCAGCUCAACAAGUCCAUCAACCCCGACGAGGCCGUCGCGUACGGCGCCGCUGUUCAGGCUGCCGUCCUCACCGGCCAGACGUCCGAGAAGACCCAGGACCUGCUCCUCCUCGAUGUCGCCCCCUUGUCCCUCGGUGUCGCCAUGCAGGGCGAUGUCUUCGGUGUCGUCGUCCCACGCAACACCCCCAUCCCCACCAACAAGUCGCGUGUGUUCACGACCGUCGAGGACAACCAGACCACGGUCACCUUCCCUGUGUACGAGGGUGAGCGCACUCAGUGCCGCGACAACCGUCUGCUCGGCGAGUUCGAGCUCAACGGCAUCCCUCCCAUGCCCCGUGGCCAGGCCGAGCUUGUCACCACCUUUGAGGUCGAUGCCAACGGCCUGCUGAAGGUCUCCGCCAUGGACCGCGCCUCUGGCCGCAAGGCGUCCAUCAGCAUCACCAACUCUGUUGGCCGUCUCUCGGGUGCCGAGAUUGACCAGAUGAUCAAGGACGCUGAGCAGUUCAAGCAGGCCGACAAGGACUUCUCUGCGCGCCACGAAGCCAAGUCUGACUUGGAGGCGUACAUCCACCAGGUCGAGGGCACGAUCACGUCGCCCGAGAUCGGGAUGAAGCUGAAGCGCGGAGCCAAGUCGCAGGUCGAGGCUGAGCUCGCGCGGGCGUUGGAGAAGCUCGAGAUCGAGGACUCUACGGCGGACGAGUUGCGCAAGGCGCAGUUGGGCAUCAAGCGUGCGCUGCAGAAGGCGACGGCGGGCAUCCGAUGA